CACAAUAAUGGCUAAACAACUUUCUUUAAUGUGCUAUUUGUAAAAAGCGAGAGUUGAAGAAGAAACCACGCCACUGCCUUCAUCUACCGAGUCCACACAGCCCAGUUCUUCAGACUCAUUAACCCACAAGAAGCAGAUCUUCCGAUGCAUUGUAACAGUGUUGAAGAACAUAAACUCUUGAACACAAUGCCUCGACAUCUGUAAUGGCGUGCUGACUUUCGGAUGUGACUUCAACGAAACGAUUGUCAGGAUCCCGAAAACAGAGAUGUAGUCUGCACUCCGGUCUGUUGGCAGACUCUGAGGUCUCACUAUGCUGCUUUAUCUGCUGCUGGCCAUCUUACAAACCAACAUCUAUGGCCAGAUAGACCCAGCUCACUGUCGUUACCCUCUCGGUAUGGAGGACGGGAGGAUCAAAAACGACGACAUCACUGCCUCCAGCCAGUGGUAUGAAACCACGGGCCCUCAGUAUGCAAGGUUAAACCGUGAGGAAGGGGACGGCGCCUGGUGUCCUGCUGGUCAACUGCAACCCUCAGAUGUUCAGUAUCUUCAGAUUGACCUUCGUCAGCUCAUCUUCCUCACCGUGGUUGCUACGCAGGGUCGCUAUGCUCGCAGCUCCGGCAACGAGUAUGCACGCAAGUACCGUCUGGAGUACAGUCGCGAUGGACGUCGCUGGAUCUCCUGGAGAAACCGCCUUGGCAUUGAGAUUAUAAUGGGAAAUAUAAACACCUACGACUCCGUGGUGAGUGACCUCCAUCCUCCCAUCAUCACUCGGUUCUUGCGCUUGAUUCCUGUCACGGAUGCCAUACACACUGUGUGUAUGAGAGUGGAGCUGUUUGGAUGUGCCUGGCAGGAUGGCCUGACGGCGUACAGCUCUCCGGAGGGCCAGACCAUGAUGGCUCCUGGCUAUCCCAUCACACCUCUCAAUGACUCGACGUACGACGGGUCCCUGGAACGCAGGAAGCUGUCUUGGGGGCUGGGUCAGCUGACGGAUGGUGUGAUUGGUCAGGAUGACUUUGAACAGAGAAGGCAGUACCGGUUGUGGCCCGGAUAUGACUACGUGGGCUGGAGGAACGACAGCUUGGGCCCUGGAUUUGUAGAGAUGGAGUUCCAGUUUGACAGACAACGAAACUUCACCUCUAUGAAGGUUCACAGUAAUAACAUGUUCUCUCGGGGUGUGAAGAUCUUCGCAUCCGUGUCCUGCGCUUUUAAACUGCAUCUCAUUUCUGAGUGGGAAGCAGAGCCGGUGGAGUUUCACACCGUUCUAGACGACAGGAACCCAAGCGCCCGUUACGUGACCGUCCCGUUAAAGCACAGGUCGGCCACGGCUCUGCGCUGCCGCUUCUACUUUGCUGACACUUGGAUGAUGUUCAGCGAGAUCUCAUUUCAGUCUGCAACUAAUGUGCUUCCUACCCAGAGGCCUCCAGUUUUGACCCCCCCUUCAUAUGAAGUUAACAGCAAAGUAUCAGAAACUACUCAGAUAACAGAGGACCGGACGACGCCCUCAAAGACGGGCUCUCCUGAAGAGGGCAGUACGUCGAUUCUGAUUGGCUGUUUGGUGACUAUUAUUCUCCUGCUGGUGGUGAUCAUCUUCCUGAUUCUGUGGUGCCAAUAUGUGUGCAAAGUCCUGGAGAAGGCUCCAAGGCGUAUUUUGGAGGAGGAGGUGACGGUGCGUUUGUCCUCUAGCAGUGACACUAUAAUCCUGCAGACUCCCCCGGUGCCCCCGCGCGUCUCCCUCGACCCCCCCUACGAGAGGAUCUUCCUUCUGGACCCCCAGUAUCAGGAUCCCGCUGCGCUCAGGAACAAACUUCCAGAGCUGUCUCAAAGCGCAGAGGCUUCUGCCUGUAGCGGAGGAUACGCCGAGCCCGACGUUACCCUGUGCACCCCACACCAGGGUUUUCAGAGCAGCGUGCCGCACUACGCUGAAACUGACAUCAUUAGCCUGCAGGGCGUCACCGGCAGCAACAUGUACGCCGUUCCCGCCCUCACCGUGGAUUCCCUGACGCGGAAGGACAUCUCGGUGGCCGAGUUCCCUCGAGAGAGACUGCUGUUCAGAGAGAAACUGGGAGAAGGCCAGUUUGGUGAGGUACAUUUGUGUGAGGCCGAGGGUUUGGCAGAGUUUCUGGGAGAGGGUGCACCGUUACCAGAGCAGGAUGGCAGGCCAGUGUUGGUAGCAGUUAAACAACUCAGAGCGGACGCCACCAGCAAUGCCAGAAAUGACUUCUUGAAGGAGAUAAAGAUCAUGUCGCGUCUGAAUAACCCGAACAUCAUUCAGCUGCUGUGCGUGUGCGUGAGCUCCGACCCGCUGUGCAUGGUGACGGAGUACAUGGAGAACGGAGACCUCAACAUGUUCCUGUCCCAGAGAGAGCUGGAGAGCACACUCACACACGCCAACAACAUUCCGUCUGUCAGCAUUGCUGACUUGUUGCACAUGUCGGUGCAGAUCUCUUCUGGGAUGAAGUACUUGGCUUCUCUGAACUUUGUGCAUCGUGAUCUGGCCACACGGAACUGCCUCCUGGACCGCCAUCUCACCAUAAAGAUCUCUGAUUUUGGCAUGAGCAGAAACUUGUACAGCAGCGAUUACUAUCGUAUACAGGGGCGCGCUGUACUGCCCAUACGCUGGAUGGCCUGGGAGAGCAUCCUACUGGGGAAGUUCACAACAGCUAGUGAUGUGUGGGCUUUUGGAGUAACUCUGUGGGAGAUUUUCACGUUAUGUAAGGAGCAGCCCUACAGCCUGCUGUCUGAUGAACAGGUCAUCGAGAACACCGGCGAGUUCUUCAGGAACCAGGGGAGACAGAUCUUUCUCUCCGGCCCACCACUCUGUCCAUCCUCUCUGUUCGAGCUGAUGAUGCGCUGCUGGAGUCGUGACAUCGUGGACCGGCCCUCUUUUAACAGAUUGUAUCAGGCCCUGCGAACUUUUGCGCCCCACUUAUGACCGACACCUGCCCUACUGAAACAACCUGGAGGAGAACUGUUAUAUAACUGCUUGCCCGUCGGGGACGUAGAGCGCAAACGUGAUAGCCACAAUGUAGCGUCAUUAGAGCAUCAGAAAUCCAAUGGAGGGGAGAUUUAAAGAUGAUGCGAUUUCACAAAAGGCAUUCCUUCAUGCAUUCAUUCACUUACGUAUAUUCAUCUCCAUUGGGACUCAACGAGCUUUUUUCCAAUCCAUAGACACUUGAGAUUUGUUUGUAGUUAUCGUUGUUAAUAUUUCCUUUGAGUAUCUCUUUUUUCUUUUCCUUAAAGGGAUAGUUCACUUUGAAAUUAAUUUUCAAGGGCAUCCAAGAUGUAGGUGUCUUUG